UGGGUUGCUUCUAAAUGUUGGAGCAACUUUUACCUCCGUUUGGAAUAUCCCAGUAUCAGCUGUUUCCGCAUUCCGUGUGUUCACACAACGGGUUUCACCUGAUCGGCGACAAACACACAACCUAAAAGGAUUGAAUCCUAAACUUUGUAAGGGUUGGCUGGUUCGGUGAUUCGUUUUUAGUUUGUUUGCUUGUGAUCUCUUUAGCUCGUUUCCUCGCAUGCGGUGCAGCUUGCAUUAGGAUGGAAGCGUUCUUUCGAAGGUACCUGCCUUGCCUAGUCAAACUGUGGGACUGGAUGUGGCCCGGCGCAGAGGAUCCCGGCAGCCGCCCUGCUGAGAUCCGCACUGUAGCAGGUGACAUCAAAAUCCCAGCACCUGCAAGAAAGACGUCGGCGCCGCUCUACGCGGCAUUGUAUGAUUUUACAGCCAGGAGUGAAGAGGAAUUGACUGUUAAAGAGGGUGAUAAACUCUCGGUGAUAGAAAAACAAGGGGAGUUCGUGCUAGCCAAAAAACUUUCAGGUUCUCUGGAGUCGGGAUUAGUGCCUGCCACCUACGUGACUCUCAUUCAGGACGAAUUUGCUAAUAACCCUUGGUAUUUUGGAAAUGUGAGCAGAAAAGAUGCAGAAAAACUGCUAAUGUCCCCUGUGAAUAAACCAGGCGCAUACCUGGUACGCAUUAGUGAAAGUAACAGUGAUGAAUAUUCUCUAUCAGUUCGAAAUGAGACCCAACCCAAUCAUUUUCGAAUUUACAGAACGCACACAGGCGAUUACUAUAUUGCACAGAACAAACAUUUCCCCUCCCUUGAUGAGCUGAUAAAUUACUACCAGAGCCACUGGAAGAGUCUAGGGGUGCUAUUGGGCCAGCCUUGUACACAACAGAAGGAGCAGUUUGAUGGAGAUUUCUGGGAGAGGCCCCGGGAGGAGUUUGUUCUCCAGGAAAAACUCGGGGAGGGCCACUACGGAGAAGUCUGGUCGGGAGUUUGGAAAAAGACAAAGAAGAUGGUGGCCAUUAAAAUGCUGAAACAAGAGGACAUGAAGCAGGAUGAGUUUGUCAAAGAGGUCCAAGCCCUGAAGAGCCUGCAUCACCCCAAACUGAUUGAGCUCUAUGCCAUCUGUACCCGCGGAGAACCCGUCUACAUCGUCACUGAGCUCAUGUCAAAGGGCAACCUUCUGGUCUACCUCAAUUCUGCUGAGGGCAGGCAGUUACUCCUGGCCCACCUGGUUUACAUGGCCAGUCAGGUGGCUGAGGGGAUGGCCUAUCUGGAGGAUCGGAAAAUCGUUCACAGAGACCUUGCUGCUCGCAACGUUCUUGUAGGGGACAAUCUUGUCUGCAAAGUUGCUGAUUUCGGACUUGCACGCAUCAUUAAGGACGAUGUGUACUCUGUCAGUGCAUCAACUAAAAUCCCUGUGAAGUGGACAGCUCCAGAGGCUACCUCUUUUCACAAGUUUUCUGUGAAAUCAGACGUGUGGUCCUUCGGAGUCCUCUUGUACGAGAUUGUAACCUACGGCAAGAUGCCCUAUGAAGGUAUGACCAACAAAGAGGUCAUAAAUAUGCUGAACAAAGGCUACAGACUCCCCUGUCCUGAAAACUGCCCCAUCACCAUUUAUAAAAUCAUGCUGGACUGUUGGAAGGACACUGGUAUGGAAAGGCCAUCUUUCCACGCCCUCCGUAGCCAGCUUGAGGCCAUCUACUCGAAAUUGUACUACAAUCAGUUGGAGUCAUAGCAGCAUGCACAAAAUACCUUGAGAUAGAUCUAACUGAAGGGACCAUGCAUCUAGAAAUGCAGGCAUGUUGGAUCAUUCUGUCUCGUCACUGCAACAUAAAAACACUUUGGACUCAACAAUUUGUGGCAUGUUUCCAUAUGGCCAUCCAGCCACUGGAACUUAUACAUCAGUCUCUGCCUGACACUAAAAUGGACUGAGACAUAUUCAUUGGAGGAUUCUCUCUGGAGGCUGAAGGUGUGUUUUGAAAAUGUGUAAAAUGUGUUAUGGGGUCAAUUCUGUACCAUUCACAGAGUAGCUUAUGCAGUUGUUAGUUGUACAAACAAUGUAUGUGGCCUAUUUUUAUCAGUUUUAUCCAUUUUGUAAGGAUGGUGUUAAUGAAAAAUAAAUCUGAUCAACAUAAUGUCACAGGUUCAUAUAUAAAAGAAAAGGUGUUACAACAUGUAUGCUAAACUAAAGGUAGCAAUGCUUUGUUUUAUUGGAUUGGUUCUACAGUAUAUACAACACUGUUGUUGCUUUUGCUGAUUCCUGUCCCUAUUAUGGAUAAAUCUCAGGGCACAUUUCGAACGUCUGUAGAAUAUAUGUUGCUUUUUUUCUCUUUUCUACCUGUGCUGCACAAUAUUUCUUUUUAGACUCAAGCUUUUGUAAGUUUUUUUGUUUUUUAUAUAACUCGGUAUAUGAGAAUUAAAGUUAUUGUCACAAUGUUUUAUUGAAGCAGAUGAUUACAGAUGUGAAAUCUAUGUUCUGCAUACACUAAGGACUUAUCAAAUCAAGUUUUUUGCCACGAAAUAUUGAUUAAAUAAUGCACUAAUAGUACAAAGCCAAAUUGGAA